AUGACCGAGGAUCAAAUAUGGGGAUGGUUAAAAAUGUUCAAGGAUAGGUUUUUGAAACGGAUUCCAGCAUCCGAGGCCAGACCAAUUACUGAAGGGUCUGCUAUUGGCAGGAAGAAUAAAAAUUUUCAACUGAAAGGGCAUUAUUGUCGAACAGUUGGAUCAGGACAGUUGAUUGGUUCACGAAGCCCGCGGCAACUCGACUUCCUCAUAAAGAGUAUUGACCUACCUCUCGAUGCAGUAACUGACUGGAAAGAUAUCGGCGUCAUCGGUGAGUUUAGUGUGAAAUCUGUUACAAAUGCAAGGAAAGAAAAGUUUGAUCAACUAACCAGAUACGCGCGAGAAAUAUUCUGUUCGCAGCCACUGCGCCGAUUUCUCCAUGGAUUCUGCUUAUACAAAUCAGACCUUGAGCUGUGGCUGUUUGAUCGCUCGGGCGCAUACAGCACGGGCCUGAUAAGUAUCAAACAUAGCCAGGAGUACUUGGUGCGAGCCAUUUCCUCCUACCUUCUUAUGAGCAGGGAUGAGCUUGGUUUUGAUAAAUCUAUAAAGGAAAAAGACGGAGAAUACUUUGUCCUGGUAAACAAAAAGGGUUCCAAGGGCUCAAAAAAAUUUAACAUCAACCCCGUGCCUGUUGUCCGACCAGAGACAUUGGUAACUCGUGGCACCACUUGCUUUGAAACGAUAGAUAAGGAUAACAUCAUCAAGUAUUCGUGGAAUAGGGAUCCAGGAAAUACCGAAGUUAAUCUUUUGAAAGAAGCAAAGGGGACAGAAGGCGUCGUCGAAUACGUCAUGUCCGACAAGAUCUGGCAGAUCAAAAAUCAUGGAUCAGGACCCCGGAAACCAACUCUACAACCAUUCCAAAGAGAUCGACAUCUCACCAGAGUUGUUGUCACACCACGUGGACGCCCCCUACACUGUAGUAGGACGAUUCUCGAGUUUCUCAUCGUAAUAAGAGACUCCAUUGUGGCUCACCGGCGACUUUAUUUUGAAAAGGACAUUCUUCACUGCGACAUCUCUGAGGGAAAUAUUGUUUUAGUAAGGCCAAAUGGGGACAAUAGCAUACAAGGGAUGUUGAUUGACCUUGAUCAUGCUGUUUCACUCAACGAUGAUCGGAAAAAAGAUGACAAUAGUCUAUUGACAGGAACCAUGAAGUUCAUGGCGCUUGAAAGAUUAAGCUAUGCUGCGACAUAUGGUUCAACAAUUCAAUGCACGUAUCGUCAUGACCUAGAAUCGUUCUUUUACGUGUUUCUUGUGGGGUGCAUAGAUUUUUCUGAUUUGAAGGACUUAGCUAUAAAGUUACGAAAUAUAUUGUUUGGGGAGGCCAUUCCGGAACUUGGCACACCCGAUGAUCCCAAUCCCAUGUACGAUGGAAUGAUAAUGGCAUUUAGCAACACAAUAGAACAAAUAAGAGGUAAGAUAAACCUUCCACAAUUUGAACUAGCUGCUCAAUUUGUCUAUCCUUGCUAA